CAUCGACGCCAUUUUGUUGGUUGUCAACUUGGUUGUCUACAUGUGGAGACUCUUUGAACGAGUUAUGAAAGGUUGAUUUCGUCAAACUUGACAUCUAAGAUAGAAAAUUAUGGAGAAUCUCUUAGAGCAGCAAAGGAGACUUCACGAAGAAAGGGAAAGAUUGGAGAAUGCAAUGGCAGAUGAAGUACUGCACAAGAAACAAUUGGGAAAAGAACAGAUUAAUUCUGAUCAUCAAGUAAAGAUUUUAUUGGAGAGAUCAGCAUUAAAUGCCGAGACACUUUCAAGCCUCUAUGAGGAUAAGGAUGGUUUACGCAAAGAGGAAGUUUCAGCUUUGUCAGGACCUAAUGAGUUUGCAGAGUUUUAUGCCCGUCUCAGGAGUCUGAAGGAAUAUCACAGAAAAUUCCCUAAUGAGGUUGCAGAACCGAUGCAGAUGGAAUUUGUGAAGCUCAAGGAGGCACGUGAUAAUCCAUCUGAUGAAAUGCAAAAUGUAGUAGAGUUUACAGAUGAAGAAGGAUAUGGGAAAUACUUGGACCUGCAUGAACUUUAUGACAAGUUUCUAAACUUGAGAGGAGUAGAGCGCAUUGACUACCUAGGCUACCUAGAAACAUUUGACAGACUGUUCGACAUUGCAAAAGAAAAGAAAAACCCAGAGUACAGAAGGUAUAUUGAAGCUCUCCUGGACUAUCUGUAUGACUAUACACAAAGGGUGUUACCUCUCUAUGACCUGGAAGGGGAACUUGAAAAAGUUAUGUCUGCAUUUGAAGAACAGUGGUCAAAGGGUACCUUUCCAGGAUGGAUGAAAGAUGCUAGCAGUGCCUUAGCUCAUUCUGGGGCUCACCUUGACCUGUCUGCAUUUUCCUCUCCAGAGGAACUGGCUUCCUUGGGAUUGGAUCGACUGAAGCAAGCUCUGCAAGCUCUUGGCUUGAAAUGUGGAGGGACACUUGAAGAUAGAGCACAAAGACUGUUUAGCACAAAAGGAGUACCACUAGACCAGCUAGAUCCAUCAUUUUUUGCUAAAUCAAGAGCUGGCAAGGGGCGAGAUAACGCACAGAAACAAAAAGACAUUGCAGCUGUCGAGGCCCAGAUUUACCACCUAACAGAGCUUCUUGGAGAACAGAGACAAGCCACAAGGGAGAAUGUUGAGAGAAAGCAAGCACGCACAUCUGAUGAGUUGGAGGAAGAAGAAGAACACGAAGAGGGCCACGAGUCAGAUUCUGAUGACGAAGAAACUGUUCUUUAUAAUCCAAAAAAUUUACCUCUAGGAUGGGAUGGAAAGCCUAUUCCAUAUUGGCUCUAUAAGUUACACGGGCUGAAUAUAAGCUACAGUUGUGAGAUAUGCGGCAACUUCACCUACAGGGGCCCAAAGGCGUUCCAGAGGCAUUUCGCGGAAUGGCGUCAUGCACAUGGUAUGAGAUGUCUUGGAAUCCCGAAUACAGCGCAUUUUGCCAACGUCACUCUGAUAGAGGAUGCUGUAGCAUCUCUUGGAAAUGUUGUGAACAAACGGACAUUUGAAGAUCUGAGCCGUCAAGGAUUUUUUUUUAGAUGUUACGGUCCUCGUUUAGUCUUCUA